AUGCAGAGUACAGAUAAGUCUCUGUUGAUGGCCUUACCAACCGAACUGCGCUGUUACAUCUACGACUACUUCCCCGAGCGUGUUUUCAAACAUGUAUUCCCCACGCCAGGUAUCUGCACCUGGGCAGCACUUCGAAUGCCGACCGCCCUACUUCAAGUGAACAAGACGAUUCUCGUGGAGGCUCAAGAACACUUGAGGACGAGGAAUAUGCAGAAGUCCCCUAAAGUUACAAUCGGCCCAGUACCUAGGUCUGCCGCAAGGGAGGCUAUGUUCACCUUAAUAUCAGACAUAUUCCACGAGGCUAGCAAACGACGCUGUACAUCGUUAAGCCAAGCCCAGAAACCAGGGGACGACAACGGAACCAAACUCAUCAGUCUCGUCCUCGCAUCCUGGUACAACGAAAUCAUCCUGCCGCUACUGCUUCAGAACCCUAGUCUGGACGAUGAUAGUAAGGCCUACAAUCAAAGAGAGUGCACAGCCGAGGAACUGCAUCCAUUCGUAGGGCACACUUUGAGAAGAAUGGAACGGAAAAGGACCUGCGAAAUCAGCAUACGAAUGUUGUUUCCCGACGAGGAUGACGACGAUUUCAUAGAUUACUGCAUGUAUGAAAUGAUGCUUGUAAAGGACAUCACACGACGAGCGCUAAGCGCCAAACCGGGUCUUCCACUGAAGAUCAUACCUCUGGGUCGCGAUCACAGGCAUAGCCUCAAGCAUGAAAUGAAGAUGUUCCGAAGCAUGGAUUUGGAAAUUCGAAGGAUGGCUUCGAGCAUCAGAAUUGGAAGGCCAACGGCCCAGGAUCUAGUACUCUUCAGGAUACCCUCUCUGCAGAAAGUCGAAGCCACUAGCGAGCAACUGGGCUACUCGCCGAUAGCCAGUUAA